AUGUCCUUAAAAAGAUUCCAAAAAAAUCCAAAGGGCUGGAUUGUUGCUGCAGUUGCAACUUCAGCCAUUGCCAUUUCAUUACAAGUGUACAACUCAUACAUAGGAGGCAAGGAAAGGACAGAAGAAGAUGAUGAAACUUUACAAGACAAUAAACAACCAGGAAUAGAGAGAAGGAAAUCAAAUAAAUACACUAAUAAGUCCAUUGCCCUCACAUUGUCCCAUUCUAUCUUAAGCUCUCAAUUGCCUUUGAACGAUAUCUUGCUCAACUCGGAGAACGUAACUUUCAUUUUACCACCAAAUCUUUCAUUGGAUGAUUUGGAAUUUAACAUGGAAAAGGGAGGCAAGGGAAGUGAAGAAGGCACGUCUUACAAUUUACCAAAGACCUUGAUCCAAAACUAUAAGUUACUCAACUGCCUGAACUUACAGGGUUACUUCAACAUAUUGAAGAACUUGAAACCUGACAUGUUGCUUGUAUGCAGUGACGAUUUAGGCAUUACCAAGAGAAUUCCCCACGAUAUUGAUAACUUCGUUAAGGAAAUAGUAAACAUUGAUCAAAACAAGGAAGAUAUAUAUAGCAAGGUAAGACCUAUAUUUUUCAAUUAG